GGAGAGGAGUCCAGACCGAGAUGUAGAGAGAGAGAGAGAGGAGAGCGCAGACAUUCCUGAGCCGAGUUGCCCCACGUGCUGUGAUGGAGGACCCGGGGGGGCGGUGAAGGUUGGCUCAGGGCUGAGAGCCCCACAGCUCCUCACACAAGAUGAUCACUUUGACUGAAUUGACCGAUCUCGCCGAAUCCCAACCUACUCAUCGCAUCCUCAAGCCCUGGUGGGAUUGCCUGAUGGAGUAUCUGGUCAUCAUUAUGCUCAUGGUGUCCCUGCUCGCAGCCACCCUGCUCAUCUCCAAGGACAAGGUGGUGUGUCUGCCCUGUGACCACACGGUGGUGGCCCCCAACUCCACCACCUCCUCCGCCAGGGCCCAGUCCCACAAUCAGCCUCUGCCUCCCAAACCAGAGGCUCCCCAAGUGAGCGCCGGCCGCGAGGGCCCGGGAGAAGCCGCAACAGACCUGGACCCUCAGCAGUACGUGUACAUCAGCCAGGUGUGUUACCAGAAAGCCCUGCCCUGGUAUUCCAAGUAUUUUCCAUACGUGGCUCUGGUUCACACCAUCAUCCUCAUGUUCAGCGGCAACUUCUGGUUCAAGUUCCCCAAGACAUCCUCCAAGGUCGAGCAUUUCGUGUCCAUCCUGGGCAAGUGCUUCGAGUCUCCCUGGACGACCAAAGCCGUGACCGAGACGGCCAACGAGGACUCGGAGAACAGCCAAAACAGGAACAAGAUGCUCAAGUCCAUCGUGGCCGAGGCCCCGAGUGCUGAGAAGGAUUCCAUCGGCCCCCCCACCACCACCACCACCUCCUGCCCUGAGGUCACCUUUGAGCUGCCCGUCACCGGCUCCACUUCCAUGAACAUCCUGGACAAGCAGGACGGUGAACAGGCCAAGGCGCUGUUCGAGAAAGUCCGCAAGUUCCGGGCCCACACGGAGGACGGGGACAUGAUCUACAAGUUCUACGUGGGUCAGACGGUGGUCAAGACGGUGAAGUUCCUGUUCAUCCUCAGCUACACCUUCACCUUCGUCAACUCCAUCAACUUCAAGCACAUUUGCCGGCCCAAGAUCGAGAACGUGACAGGAUACUCCGUCUUUUACUGCACCCACAGUAUGGCCCACAUGCUGCAGAAACUGCUGAUCAGCUACAUCAUCCUGAUCGCCCUGUACGGCCUGGUCUGUCUCUACACCCUCUUCUGGCUGUUCCGGGGCUGCCUGAAGGAAUACUCCUUCGAGAAGGUGCGGGAGGAGAGCAACUUCAGCGACAUUCCCGACGUGAAGAACGAUUUUGCUUUCCUGCUGCACAGUGAUCAAUACGAUCAGCUCUACUCCAAACGCUUCGCCAUCUUCCUGUCCGAGGGCUGUGAGAGCAAACUGCUCGAGAUGAACCUCAACCAUGAAUGGACGUACGAGAAGCUGAGACAACACGUGUCCAAGAACGUCCAGGGCAAACUGGAGCUCCAGCUCUUCAUGUUGUCUGGUAUCCCCAAGGCUGUGUUUGACAUGACCGACCUGGAGGUCCUCAAGCUGGAGCUCAUUCCCGACGUCAAGCUUCCAGCCAAGAUGUCCCAGAUGGUGUGUCUGAAGGAGCUGUAUCUCUACCACUGCCCAGCCAGGGUUGACCAGAUUGCCUUCAACUUUCUGCGCGAUCACCUCCACAUCCUGCACGUCAAGUUCACGGACAUCGGAGAGAUUCCCCUGUGGGUCUAUUCCCUCAAGAACCUGAUUGAGCUGCAUCUGUCGGGGAACUUGAACUCGGAGACCAACAAGGCUAUUGGUCUGGAGUCGCUCAAGGAGCUCAGGCACCUCCGAGUCCUCACCUUGAAGAGCAAUCUCUCCAAAAUCCCGACUAACGUGAUGGAGCUGGCCGCCCAUUUGUCCAAGCUCGUCAUCCAAAAUGACGGGACCAAGUUACUGGUGCUCAACAACCUGAAGAAGCUGGCCAAUUUGGGGGAGUUGGAGCUACAGAACUGUGAGCUGGAGAGGAUUCCUCACGCCAUCUUCAGCUUGACCAACCUCCACGAGCUGGACCUGAAAUCCAACAACAUCCGCAGCAUCGAGGAGAUUGUCAGCUUCCAGCAUAUCAAACGUCUCUUCUCCCUCAAGCUCUGGCACAACUCCAUCAGCACCAUCCCGGCCACCAUUGGCCUCAUCAAGAGCCUCGAGAAACUCUUCCUGUCCAACAACAAACUGGAAUCGCUGCCCAGCGCCCUCUUCACUCUGAGGAAGCUCAGACACCUCGACCUGAGCCACAACCUGCUAACUACUGUCCCCUCCGACAUCCAGCAGCUGGCCAACCUCCAGAUCUUCUCCAUCACCAAGAACCGGGUGGAGACCCUCUCGGUGCAUCUGUUCGACUGCCUGAAGAUGAAGACCCUCCAGCUGGGGCAGAAUUCCAUUGUGUUCAUCCCGGCUGAGAUCGGGCAACUCAAGCAGCUGUCGUACUUGGAGCUAAAGGGGAACAACCUGGAGAGGCUGCCCCCUGAGAUCGGGGCCUGUGCUUCCCUCAGGAAGAACAACCUGAUUGUGGAUGAGCUUCUGUUUGACCGGCUGCCCAUCGAGGUCCAGGACCAACUCGCGGAGCAAGACUUCUCCUCCGCAGUCUAAACGCCGAAGCACUUUCCUUUUCCCUGUUUUUUUUGUCGGUCGGUUAUAGGUCAUUUUAGCCUCUGUGUCUGCGAGAUAGUGGCCACUGUCGGGCUUUCACACCAGGCGAGGUCUCCGUGUAUCUACUUACUAAGGUCUCGGGAUUCAGACUCAGUCUGGACCAUGACACAUUAGGUCUCUGUCCUGACACCAGGUGGUCUCACUGGGUUUACUGUCCAGCUCCCAGGCCCCAGCCCCGAAUCCAGCCCCCAACCCAAGCCCAAUCCACAGGCCUAGCCCCCAGCUGGAGCUGUUACUCUGUUACUUUGCUCUCACUAAUACUUUCUGUUACUUUGCCUGUUCAUGUCCUUGCUGGAGGAGACCCCCAUCAGGAGACCCCGUCGGUCACACCAGCAGCUACAAGAGCUGAGAGCAGUGGGCGAUGUGGCCACUGGGGUGACAGUGAUUAACUGGUAAUAACUCCGAUCAUGUAGCCGUUCAGAUCAAUACACAAAACAUCAUGUUA